AGGCGCCGCGCGGGAAGAGGCCUCUGGGGUCUAGGCCGCGCAGCCUGCCCGGAUUAUGGCUCAGCCGCCGCCUCCCUUCGCCUCACGCUUCGCGGGGCCGCCGCAGCCUGCCGCCUUCCCGCCGCCCGCGCUUCCUCCGCCGGGGCCUUUCCGAGGGCCGCCGCCUCAGCCCUUCCCUCGCCCGCUCUUCCCGCCGUUUCCAGGCGGGGGCCUGCUGUCUCCCGCGGGCCCGCCCUUCCUGCCGCCGCCGCCGCCGCAGUGGCGACCGCCAACGCCGGAGCGGCCGCCCUUGCCAUGGAGGCCGGAGGGCCCGCCGCGGCCGGCGCCCGAGGCCUCGGACGCGCCCGGCGGCGAGGGCAGCGCGGGCGACCGCCACGCGGCCUGGCUGAGCCGCUUCCUGGCGCGCCGCCGAGCGGAGGCCGCCGCCACGGUCGCUCCGCAGGAGCGGGGCUUGGGCGCGGGCGAGGCGGCGCGGGCGGCGGGCGAGGCGCUGCGGGCGGUGGCGCGCGUGGCGGCGCUGUGCGCGGCGUGGCGGCGGCGGGGCGAUGAGGCGGCGGCGGACGAGCUGGCGGAGGGCGAGGCCGCGCUGGAGCAGCUGCGCGCGCUGGUGCGGCCGCUGCGGGACCCGCGCGCCCUGGAGCUGCUGCGGCGCCGGCUGGAGCGGGGCCGCCAGAAGCGGCUGCGGCGCCGGCAGCAGAGGCAGGAAGCCCGCGCCGCCCGCCAGGAGGAGGAGGCCCGCCGCACCGAGCGCGAGGCCCGCAUCGACCGCUGGAGGGCCCGCCGCGCCCAGGAGGUGGAGGACCGGCACCGGGAACAAGAACUUAAAGCUGCUGCAGAUAGUGUAUUAUCUGAAGUGAGAAAAAAGCAAGCAGACACAAAGCGAAUGGCAGAAGUUCUGCGUGGCUUAGAAAAACUUAGGAAACUAAGAAAAGAAGCAGCAGGAAGGAAAGGUGUUUGUCCACCACCAGCAGCAGAUGAAGCCUUUGAAAGUGAAGUUCAGAACUUAAAGUUGUUGAUUAAAAAGCGCACUGAGCUCUAUGAAGCCGAAGAACGAGCUCUCCGAGUCAUGCUGGAAGGAGAACAGGAAGAAGAAAGAAAAAGAGAAAUGGAAAAGAAGCAGAAGAAGGAAAAAGAAAAGCUCCUGCAGCAGAAGCGGGACAUGGAUUCCAAACUGUUUGGGGAUCCAGAAGAAUUUCCACUUAUCCAUGUCUUGGAGCCAUUCACACAGUAUUAUUUGCAAGCUGAAUAUUCCUUGCCGGCUCUCAUCCAGAUCAGGCAUGAAUGGGAUCAAUACUUGGUGCCUGCAGAUCACCCUGAAGGAGAUUUCAUCCCCCCAGGAUGGAUCCUUCCCAGUCCACCCUCCAGUGACACGUGGGCUACUGCUGUCAGGUGAUGCCUUCGAAGUCCCAUUGAAGCCAAGACAUGGCAAAAUUUACCAGGGGAAGGCUGCAACAAUAUUGUGUGACUGAUAACUCACAUUACAAGAGUUCCUUUGAAUUCCAAAUGCAUUAUAGGUGGCCCAAGGAUCUCACAAAAUGUUGAUUGAUAAGACAGAUAUUGUCCUUAAAUAUAUUGUUAAAAGUAUGACUUAUGUGCACUAUAAUAAGUAUCAAAGUCCUCUCUAGCAUCUGGUUAUACUUCAGCAUCAUAGGAUUCUGAUCAUGAGGGAAGUAUUAAUGAAUUACUGCUGGGUAUGUGUUGGAGUGUGUGGGGUAGACCCACACUUUAAAACAACUUUCCUCAGAAACUUAUCUGGCUUUACCUUAAAUGGGAUGUAAGUGCUAUAAAAUCAGUAAUGUGUAAUCCCCAGUGAUAGAGAAAUAAAUAUGCCAUGGACCUGCAGGACAACAUUGGCUAAUAGAGGCUAGAUAUAAAGCUGGGCUUAUCUAUGGAGUUUAUAUAGUUCAGAGACCAUGGAAUUAAUGCAUCAGCUAAAUAUUAUUGUAUGUGUUCUUAAUCUAAAGUAAACUGGGAAGUCAGAAUUAAUCACCUGAGGCAACAUCAGAGAUGAUUUCUUUGGAACAGUACCCAGAUGUUCAAAUUCCAGUUAUCUUCCAAAACACCUCUGGUUAUCUUGGCCUUACAUGGCAUGAGUUAAGUGAAUUGACAGAUGUGGGCAAUAGUCACCUCUUUUGAAGUUUGAGUUAGUGCUUUCAAAAAUUAAGGUGCUAAACUGGAGUUGUAUGGAGUGAAUUAACAGUAGCUUUUCCAUGCUGUCAUAAAAACUGCAUUUCAUUUUUAUACACAUGAUACACAUACUUAGGGAAGCAGGGUUUGUUUUUCUAGUAGGAUAACUAGAAUAGCAAUAUAAGUUGAAGUUUUUGUGUCGAUUUAUACGUCCACAAUAACAUCAAGGCAUAAUUUGGUGUUUAGGGAAAGAGUCUUGAAUUUGUGUACUCUCCUGCUCUCCUUUCUGUGCUUUAAUAAAUGGCCUUGUGCCAUUUUCAACCCUAGUUGAAUGGCACAUUUUCAGCUUAAAUAAAUGGCAACUGUAGUUUCCACAGAAGCAGAAAUCAUUCAUUGACGUGAGAGAAUGUAAAGGGGGAUGGGUGGGUAGAGGAAGCAGGCAAAGAUUUUAUGCUACCUGUGAAUUAUUGGCUGCUCAGGAAAUCUGUAUGUGCUUACACAGAUUUCCUAUACAAAGUUCUUAAAAACAAUAGCACAUUCUGCACAAAUUAUGUGGUUCAUAAAUUGCAGAAAACUAAAAGUUACUCUUCUUGACCAAAAAAAAAAAAAAGUUUUCAUUGGUGGAUUUGUCCACUGUGUGGCGAAUGCCAUUUUGAUGCUUGGUUAUUUUACACUCACUUGCUCCUGCAGAUUUGUUUACUUCUGAAAUACAAACUCAGAGGUACUUAAUACCAGUUGUUUUAGUUUAGCAUUAUUUAUACUGGAAAGAUGGGAUAUUCUCUAAUCUCAUACUUUUCACUUUAUUCCUUUAAGAAAAGUAUACUGUUGUUAUUAUUUUAGUUUGAUUUAACAUGUUAUAUUUGUAUAACUAAAACCAGCGAACACUGUUAAGCAUCUUUUCUCGGACCUAAGAAGAAAUGAAGCCUGAGGCAUGGCUGUUCUUGAAUUCCAUAAAAGAGCAGUUGUACCCAAACUGUUAGUACAAACCGUAGCCUUUGUCUGGUACAUGUGUUCACUAACUAGAUUUGUUAACCUCUUGUUUCAAGGUAACUGUCAAAUAGUUGCGUAAAGUGCGCUUUACUGCCCUGUAAAGCUUUGCAACAAAGUUGUCUGAAGUGUUGGGGAUGCUGUAAUGAGAAACAGUCAAUUGUCAGAAUGAUUUAUAGUCCUGUUAAAUGAAAGUGUGUUGCCUUUUGUUUGAACUUAAUAAAUUAUGACCGUUUCA